AUGUACUUUCCUGAUUUCGACUCAGAGUGGGAUGAUGAUCUUCCUACAGUGUUACAAGUACUUGAAGGUAUCGAAGUAGAAGACAUGCCCGAUAUUCACGUCGAACGAGAGCCUAGCAUUUACACCCCUACUAGAUCAGAAAUACACGGGCCCAAUCGACUCAUAGGGUUAACCUUAAUCCUAGAGUCGGAGACAACGGCCGCGGAGAUGCAACCCGCGGGCCAUGAAUCAAGAGUAGUCGAAUACAAACCAUUGAGGGUUUACAGUACCAUACCGCCGGAUACCAUCGAGUCGUCUUCAUCUCUACCUGGGUCGGGAAUUAGAUGUACACCUCACAGGGAAGAAGCAGUGGUAGACGAAGAUCUCCCCGAGGAAUUCUCCGCACAUGUGGGCGCAGAAGCGGAGGUGGGCACUGGGGAUAUUAACGCCCCUACUAGAACACGCAUUGACGCGGGGCCAAUCACCAAUAAGGCGAUAAACACGAAGCCGCCGAGGAAGGCGUCCACAGAGGUUCCCGAAAGCCACCAAGCAACCGCUGAUGAGCAAGAAGUUGCCAGAACUGGAAGUGUCGAUAAGAUCCCGGAAGUCGCCGAUAGUGCCGACGAGGUGCAGGAUGGUAUCUCUCAGAGUGAGCGAAUAUACGAUGCUAUCUGA